CCUUUCUGCCCAAUCUGCGUCAGCAGGAAAGUGAAGUUGCCUGAUUGUUUUCCAGUCAGGUCUUGCAACUACCAGGGGUUCCUGAAACUAGCAGGGGUUCCGGGCGGGCUACAGAGAUGGUGGAAGGGCCAGGGUGUUAACUGAAUGGAGAGAAAAUUCGGGCACGAGUGCUACCGGGACAAGUGGUGACUGGCGUGUGGGGAACAGCUCUGCAGAGCCUAGUGGGCCCUGCCAGGUCCACUGCAGCCUCUCCGGCUGAUGUCGCUACCUCGGCUGAUCGAAUGAAUGCUAAGGAUUCUGGCUGGAAAUUCUUGAGACUCUUUAAUGGAUGUGCAUACAGUGGCGUGGAAACCUUAGGGAAGGAGCUGUUUAUGUACUUUGGCCCAAGAGCUUUACGGCUGGCUUUGUACUCACAUCUCGACGAGAACCAGCCAAACAGAGGGGACACUGAAAAAUUCAAGCUGCUCUCUGAGGUCUACAAGGCCCUGUCAGGAGCUAAAGAGAUCUAGGAUUCAUUUCGGAAUGAAAGGCUCCAUCUUGAUUAACCCACGGGAGUGUGAAAAUAGAGGAGGCGUUUCUCCAGCUUUUGAAAUACAGCUCACCAAUGACUUGAUCCGUUUCUUUGACUCUUCAGUAGAACUCAGGAAUUCAGUGGAAAGCCAACAGAGAGUCAGAAUGAUGGAAGAACUGGAUGUAUGUUCACCAAAGUUCAGUUUUGCAAGAGCAGAAGAUGAAGUUAAAAAGCACAGAGAUCGCAUGCUAUGUGAUGUGUUACUGGAUCAGAGGGUGCUGCCUGGUGUGGGGAACAUCAUCAAAAACGAAGCUCUCUUUGACAGUGGUCUCCACCCGGCUGUGAAGGUGUGUCAGCUGUCAGACAAACAGGCCCAUCACCUUGUGAAGAUGACCCGGGAUUUCAGCAUUCUCUUCUACAGGUGCUGUAAAGCAGGAUCCGCCAUUUCUAAACACUAUAAGGUUUACAAGCGUCCUAACUGUGGUCAGUGCUGCUGCAAAAUUACUGUGUGUCGCUUAGGGGAGAACAGCAGGAUGACAUAUUUCUGUCCUCACUGUCAGAAAGAAAAUCCUCAACAUGUUCAAAUAUGCAAACUGCCCACAAGAAACGCUGAAAUCAGCUGGAGUCCCAGGGGAGAGGAUUGCUUUACAGACUCAGUGGCUCGGAAGUCUGAAGAGCAGUGGUCCUGUGUGGUUUGUACCCUCAUAAACAGACCCUCAGCUGAGGCCUGUGAUGCUUGCUUGACCACAAGGCCUCUUGACUCAGUGCUCAAGAAUGGGGAAAAUUCCAUGACCUUUACCAACUUAGUGAAGUACCCUUUUAAUAACUUUGCAAACACACAUACUGAAGUAAAGAUCAACAGGAAAACUGUGUUUGGAAAUACAACCCUUGUUUUGACUGAUUUAAGCAAUAAAUCCAGUGCUUUGGCCGGAAAGAAAAGCCAAAACCAGACAAUAGACAGGGAAGCUCAAACUUUUCUUUCUCCAAACAUAUGUUUUAGUGAUCCCCAGCACCCCGCCAAAGAAGGAAUAAACUCUAUACCUCCACCAUCCAACAAGGUAAACAUAUCACCUACAGUUUGUGGCCAGUCUGAAUUAUUUAGUCCAGCACAUAAAAAAUUGAAAACAGCUCAUUCUUCAGCAAUAACACUUAACAGUUACAACUCUGGACUUUCUAACAGUGAACUCCAAACCAAUACAACUAGUGGUCCUUGUUCCGUAAGUGCCCGCAGCCCUCGGUGCAAGAUGCACGGCCGCCACUGUGUUCUCCGAGUCGUGAGGAAGGAUGGAGAAAACAAGGGGAGGCAGUUUUAUGCCUGCUCUCUGCCCAGAGGAGCACAGUGUGGAUUCUUUGAAUGGGCAGACCUGUCCUUCCCGUCCUGCAGACAUGGCAAGUGCUCCAUUAUGAAAACUGUGUUGAAGAUUGGACCAAAUAACGGGAAGAAUUUUUUUGUGUGUCCUUUGGAGAAAGAAAAGCAGUGUAAUUUUUUCCAGUGGGCAGAAAGUGGACCAGGAAUGGAAAUUAUUCCAGGAUGCUAAUAUUUUUUUCUCUUUUUAAAGAAUGUCCAUCUGGCAUCUAAACUCAACAAACUCACAAUGUUCAGUCCUCUUUGUUUAAUAGAAAGCUUAUAGAACACCUGUUGUACAUACAAAUUAAGAUCCUAUGUUAUUUGAGAUGUAUUAUUUCAACUAAAUGGGUGAUUUUCACUUUUUUGUUGUAAUAAUGCUCACACUAUUUUACCAGAGACACAGUACAUUCUCUUUAAAAUACAUAUUGAAUAUAUUUAAUAAUGUCAAUAAAGUACUCUUAGUAUGUUUUUUGUAUUUUGUAAGUUCGAUGGUGAGCAGCAAGUUUUUUUUUUUUUUAGAUUAUUUACAUUGCAUUAUAAGAUCCUCACUCUGUUAUGAAUACUUCUCUCAGGGUACCACCACUGUGUACAACGUCUCAUUAAACAUAUUCUUAAU